GCACCGCAUAAGCCGCAGACGCACAGUGUGCCCAGCAGCCGCUCGGGCCGCUUGCAGCUGCCGGCUGCUCCGAUGCUCCAGAGCGGCCAUGGGCGCCCCGCACUGGUGGGACCAGCUGCGGGCUGGCAGCUCGGAGGUGGAUUGGUGCGAGGACAACUACACCAUCGUGCCUGCCAUCGCCGAGUUCUACAACACGAUCAGCAACGUCCUGUUUUUCAUUUUACCGCCCAUCUGCAUGUGCUUGUUCCGCCAGUACGCCACGUGCUUCAACAGCGGCAUCUAUUUAAUAUGGACUCUCCUAGUUGUAGUGGGAAUCGGAUCUGUCUACUUCCAUGCAACUCUUAGUUUCCUGGGCCAGAUGCUUGAUGAACUUGCCAUUCUUUGGGUUCUGAUGUGUGCUUUGGCCAUGUGGUUUCCCAGGAGGUAUUUACCAAAGAUCUUUCGGAAUGACAGGGGCAGGUUCAAGGCAGUGGUGUGUGUCCUGUCUGCAGUUACAACAUGCCUGGCGUUUGUCAAGCCUGCUAUCAACAAUAUCUCUCUGAUGAUUCUGGGGGUUCCGUGCACUGCGCUGCUCAUUGCAGAGCUGAAGAGGUGUGACAAUGUGCGUGUGUUUAAGCUGGGCCUCUUCUCUGGCCUUUGGUGGACUCUGGCUCUCUUCUGCUGGAUCAGUGACCGAGCCUUCUGUGAGCUGCUGUCCUCCUUUCACUUUCCCUACCUGCACUGCGUGUGGCACAUCCUCAUCUGCCUUGCCGCGUACCUGGGCUGCGUGUGCUUCGCCUACUUCGAUGCUGCCUCAGAGAUACCCGAACAAGGUCCAGUCAUCAGAUUCUGGCCCAGUGAGAAAUGGGCUUUUAUCGGUGUCCCCUAUGUGUCCCUCCUGUGUGCCCACAAGAAGUCGCCAGUCAAGAUCACGUGACGGCAAGGCAGUGACCGGCUUUUCUGCUUACUUCUAUUCGAGUGUGCUCUGGGCUUUGUUUGCUAGAAAAGAUGGCCAAGGGGUUUGAAGAAUUGAUGUAGUGUGGGUGUUUAAAAUUCUGUUCUUUUGUGAUCUAACUGGACCGCUGUGCCUGACAUCCCCAGGGUGGGUAAUGGAGGGCUCAGGGACAUGAGUGGGUCGGCCUCAGCGACCUUUACGGGCACAUGGGCUUGCUGUGUUAUAUCCAUGAUGACAUUGACAGAGUAGUUAUUUGGGAGACCCAGAGCAGCCCAAAGCUUCUUGCUGGAAAAGGUGGCUUGCCAUAGCCCCCACCAUUUCCAGGCUCUCUCAUUACACAGGAGUCAGCCCCCUGAUUCUGUGAUAGAAGGUUCCAGAACUUUUCAUUUUGCUGGGAGAAACUGUCCUUCAACAAAAUCGAGUAGGCAAAAAAAAAAAAAACCAAAAAAAAACAAAAAAAACAAAAAAAAAAACAAAAAAAAAAACAAAAAAAAAAACAAAACAAAAAACCACACACACACACACAUGGGGGGCUGUGACUAAGGCCGUGGCUUGUCACUUGCACCUCUUAGCUUUCUCCACAUGCCUGUGGAUCCUUCCACUACCUCUGCUGAGAGACGGAGCCUUGGCUUCAGAGGGCAAAGCCAGUAACACCCUCUACGCCAAGAGCUACAGUCCACUUUAAGCACACAUUAAACACUGACAUUAUGUCUGCUCUUCCAGAGUGCAGCAGCCUCAGACCCACAGAGGCUCCUUCUGGUGUGGCAAUUCCACACAUAGCCCCCUACCGCUUGCCACUUGACCUCUGUGAGAGCAAGGACUCAUUGCACUCACUGAGGCAGCUCUGAGGGUUUUGAUUGUAGAGCUCCUGUGAAGCUUUUGGAAAAGCUUUUCUUAUUGGAAGCUUACAGUGUGUUGUUACCUCCAAGACUCUGACCCCAUUUCUCUGCUGUUUUCAGGGGAUGUGUGCUUCCUGAGGGAUGCCACUUCCCUGGGAUGUGGACCUCCAGCCUUUAUUUUUGUAAUACCGGUGCUAACUGGUUUCUCAGAGCCCUUUGCUCUUCUUGAUGCUGGCCAGUCACGACACUCUGAUUGGCUGGCUAGGGGGUCACAGGUAGGAAGGGGCAGACUCUGACCUGAAUGUCUCUCACCUGCACCAUGCUGUCCUCACUGGGCUAUCUGCAGGGUAUGAGGUGGAAUUGGGUAUAUCUCAGGGAUGUUUGUAACUCAGGCACCUUCUGCUUUCUGACAUUCCAUUGUUGGGGUGGGACAGCGCUCAGGGGACUGCAGUUGCUACACUGUUCUGAGUGGCGUCCUGAGUUUGAAGGAGUUGGCCGGUUCUGGCCGUUCCAGGAACUCUUACUCCGUAUAGAAGCUUCACAGGGUCCAAAGUGGAAACUGGACUAGGAGUUUUUAAAUGCAUAGGCUUCAUUCUGCUUCUGGGGCUUUGAAGUUUUAGAAGUAGCUUGCUAGGCUCUUUCUUGUCUGUAGUCACAAAUAUCUGUAGAACCCGAAUGUGUGAAAGAAGUCAUCUUUUAUUAAGUUUAUAGCAUUUACUAAAUCUCCCAGGUAGCAAGCCCAUAGUCAUUUAUUUGAUUGGUGAUUUAUAAGGCAGAGAUACUUGGCUUUGAAUGACUGUAUAUGUUAUUUUAUUGCAGCUUAAAAUAUAUUUAAAAUGAUUUUGAGUUAAAUGUUUGUGGCAACCUAGGGGGGUUCAUGGACCAGAAUUGCUGCUGAGUCCUUUGGUUUUUGAGUCUAGAAUUUUUCAGACUAGCCUUGCUUCCAGCUCAUCUCACCAGGCACAGGGGCUGCUCUUAUAUAUUCUACACGAUAUACACAUCCUGAGGAUGACGCCGAGCUGCCUUUGUCUGAAAGGGCCCGAGCUGUCUGGGGCUGGAGAGCUGGUUCAGCCGAUAAAAACACAUGUUGCCCUCCCAGAGGACCCAGGUUUGAUUCCCAGCAUCUUAUAAAGCUGACAACCUGUAGCUCCAGUCCCAGGGGAUCCAGUGCCCUCUUCUGACCUCCAAGGGCACAGAGCAUGCAUGUGGUACACCUAUGCAUACAGGCAGGCAAGUCAUUCGUACAUGUAAAGUAAUGAGUAAGUUAAUAAGCCGGCGGAGGGAAAGGUUUUUUUUUUUUUUUUUUUUUUUUUUUUUUUUUUUUUUUGGUUCUUUUUUUUUUUCGGAGCUGGGGACCGAACCCAGGGCCUUGCGCUUCCUAGGUAAGCGCUCUACCACUGAGCUAAAUCCCCAGCCCCGGGAAAGGGUUUUUAGAUGCAAGGUUUAGUUUGUCCUGGGGGCCCUUCCAUGACAGUGGGGGUGUCCUCAGAGUCAGGGAAGAACCACUUCUUUUUAUCAGGAAAAAGGACUUAUUUCCCAGGGCCUCUGCUAACACCCCUAGGUAUAGGUAUAGGGAUAAGAUAUUAAUGGGUGUGCUUGAACGAUUGGGUGAAAGGAGAUGAGAACCUGACUCGACUCAGUGGGCCUCUUCCCCAGGUGUGUGAGCCACCAUAGCUGGCUUGGUAGGGAGUGUGUUUGGGGGCAAGCCCUACCCCCCCUCUGAGACAAAGCUCUGAUCUUUUUCAUGUCUCAGGCUGUAUUCACUGUAUAGUUCAGGCUAGCCUCAAACUGACGGUGAGACCCCAAGUGCUAGGUAUACUUAUAGGAGCAAGGUACCACACCCACUUUAAAACAGAAAUCUCUCCUGCUUGCUAGCAUGGGCCUGACUAAUCAAGGGAGUAGAUACAUAUGAAUCUAACUUUGAGCUGGGCUUUGAGCAUUGAUCACUUUUUUAUUAAAGCUUUACACGAUCACUCCAUGGGACACUACAGAAGAGCGGCAGAAGAAAAAGUUACUCAUACCUCUCUUGCCUUAGAGCCUCCGUCACCAAUUUGGCUUUGGGGCGUGUUUCCUUCCUCUCCUUUCUGCUCUCCUACAGUUAUAAUGAGAUUUCAUUUAGACCGCUUUCCCUUGAGUGGAAUAUGCAUGGCAGCGUUUUCAUGGAGAGCUAACUUUCUCUCCUAUGCUGACGGCUGGACGCUGAGCUCACCACUGAAGCUGCCUUUCCCAUGAAGUCCGACUUGAGAGGCUCCUAAGACAUGAACUGAUUUUGGCUUUGCGAUGUAACAAUUCACAUUUGGGUCUCUGAGUUGUGGAGAGCCGCUGUUAAAGCUCUGACUUCAUGGCUCCUACUGUGUUGAGAGUGGUGACAAGAAGCAGAGCAGGCUAACUGAUGUGCACUCCAGAAUCUGCUCCCUUCUGGUAGAGAUGACCUCAGUGAGUGAUGUCAUGGCCACUGUUCCCAGCAUGGGCGUCAGGUUCUGCUCUGUUCCGAAUCUGCCUGGGAUCUCAGGACAGAGGAAGCCAUGAAGGUUACCAAGUGGUCAUGUCUGUCAGUGAGUUCACUGUUUUGAUCCAUUGUUGAUUUUCAGGAGAGGAAUUCUUCUCUCUUUAGUGCCCUGUGAUGCCAAAGCCAGCUCUUCAGAAGUGUUUUUUCUGUCUGCUUCCAUUUGUAAUGUGAUCCACGUGGGGGAAAUGGGUGUCAUUCUGCUGAAAAGUGCCUAAACCAGUCACGGGUCAACAGCAUUGUGUGGAGGAUCAAACGUGGCUCUGUAGAAAUACUGCCACCCAUUCUAUUGGUUGGACUUCUCAGGUGUCUGAAACUUCCCUCACGAAUCCUCUUCUCCUAACCGCCUCCCAGAUCCACUGGGAUUUGAACCUUCAAAUCCUGCCUCUCUUCUUCCUUCAGGUCUGACCACUAACGGUCUCUGGGGACACCUAACUAGGGCCUCCCCCAGCUCCUUCCUCCAGCCGAACUUGGAUUCUUCCCAACCAGGGCUUGACCUGGGUGCUGUUGGUCCCACUGCCCAAUGACACAUCUUUGACCAGAUUGGGAUUCUCAAUAGAUUUUAUAGACAUUAUUCUCCCACAGACUUUAAAAAACAUGGCGUGUGUCUUUUCCUACACAAGUCAGAUUUAAAACUAUUUUAUAACUACAAUAAUUCAACCAAGCAAAUAGAGUAUUUUCAGAUAUAUGCCAUUUUAUACUUUAUGUAGAGUGUGCUAUGUACAGGUGGCAUGUACCCUGGCUGAGGUAACAUUAGUCAUUGCUCUGGGGGAUUUACAGAUCUUUUGCACUUUAUGCUUUUUUUGUGAACUCUGAUAACCAUGUUCAAUAUUAAAGCCAUUAACAGGCAUUUUCUGUGAAUAAACAUUUAUGUAUCU